CCGGAAGCGAGCCGCUCCGUGACGCCCUCUUCUCGCGACGAAGUUGGGUGUCGGCGGAGUUUCCCGGUGCCUGAGCCGGGGCGCCGGGGCUAUGGGCAGUGAGGAGGUGCUGGGCCAAGCGGCCCGGCUGGCCUCUUCCGGUCUCCUCCUGCAGGUGUUGUUCCGGCUGAUCACCUUUGUCUUGAAUGCCUUUAUUCUUCGUUUUCUAUCCAAGGAAAUUAUUGGCAUUGUCAAUGUAAGGCUAACACUGCUUUACUCAACCAUCCUCUUUCUGGCCAGAGAGGCCUUCCGCAGAGCAUGUCUGAGCGGAGGUGCCCAGCGGGACUGGAGCCAGACUCUCAACCUCCUGUGGCUAACAGUCCCCCUGGGUGUGUUUUGGUCCUUGUUCCUGGGCUGGGUCUGGCUGCGUUUGCUUGAAGUACCCGACCCUGAUGCCGUCCCCCAUUAUGGAACUGGAGUGAUGCUGUUUGCUCUCUCGGCAGUGGUGGAGCUUCUGGGAGAGCCCUUCUGGGUGUUGGCCCAAGCACAUAUGUUUGUUAAGCUCAAGGUGCUGGCGGAGAGCCUAUCCGUGAUCCUCAAGAGUGUUCUGACAGCUUGUCUCGUGCUGUGGUUGCCACACUGGGGGCUGCACAUUUUCUCUCUGGCCCAGCUCUUCUACACUGCUGUCCUGGUGCUCUGCCAUGUGGUUUAUUUCACAAACUUACUGGGUUCUCCAGGAUCCUCCAAGCCGCAGGCUCUUCCUGUCUCUAGAAUAACGGAUCUGCUGCCCAGCCUUACAAGAGCGGGAGCUUCUGUGAACUGGAAAGAGGCAAAACUGACUUGGAGUUUUUUCAAACAGUCCUUCUUGAAACAGAUCUUGACGGAAGGUGAGCGAUAUGUGAUGACAUUUUUGAAUGUAUUAAAUUUUGGCGAUCAGGGUGUCUAUGAUAUAGUGAAUAAUCUUGGCUCCCUUGUGGCCAGAUUAAUUUUCCAGCCUAUAGAAGAGAGUUUUUAUAUAUUCUUUGCUAAGGUGCUGGAGCGAGAAAAGGAUGCUGCUCGUCAGAAACAGGAGGAUAUCGCUGUGGCUGCUGCAGUCUUGGAGUCGCUGCUCAAACUGGCUCUGCUGACUGGCCUGACCAUCACAGUUUUUGGCUUUGCCUAUUCCCAGCUGGCUCUGGACAUCUACGGCAGCAGCAUGCUCAGCUCAGGAUCCGGUCCAGUUCUGCUGCGCUGCUAUUGCGUCUACGUCCUCCUGCUCGCCAUCAAUGGAGUGACCGAGUGCUUCACAUUUGCAGCCAUGAGCAAAGAGGAGGUAGAUAGGUACAAUUUCACCAUGCUGGCCCUGUCCUGCUCGUUCCUGGUUCUGUCCUACCUCCUGAUCCGUUGGUGUGGCAGCGUGGGCUUCAUCUUGGCUAACUGCUUCAACAUGGGCAUUCGUAUCACACACAGCCUUGGCUUCAUCCACUGCUACUACCGAGGGAGCGCGUACCGGCCCCUGGCUGGCCUGCGCCUGUCGCCACUCCUCCUUGGGGCCUUUGCCCUCAGUGGGGGGAUCACUAGUGUGUCAGAGAUGUUCCUGUGCUGUGAGCAGGGCUGGCCAGCCAGGCUGGUGCAUGUGGCUGUGGGGGCCUUCUGCUUGGCCAUGACACUCGGGACAGCGUUCCUCACAGAGACCAGGCUGAUCCACUUUCUUAGGACUCAGUUGGGAGCAUCCAGACUCGCUAACAAAUUGACUUGAUCCCACCACCACCACUGCCAGGAAGCCUGGUCACCUGUGGCAACAGUGCCAGCUGUGGGGCGGGUCUGCAGGCAGAACCUGUCUGGUGUUCACCAGUCCUGCCGUGCGUGGGUCUGCAGGGGAGUGAGAGUUGCUCGGAUCCUCAGCAAGGUGUCUGCGAGCCACCGGCAGCCACCGUGACCGCUUCAGAUGGACACACGGGUGAGGAGUCCCCAUGACGCCCAGAGUCCUUUAAAAUAGAUGCUGUUGUUUCCACCAGCGUUUCUCUUUGGUGUACACUUGUGGAUUUACUUUGGGCAUGACAGCCUUCUGGAAUGCACGCUGCAAAGCCUGGCUUUCAGGAUUGGGUGUCAGUAACCCUCUGGCCGUGGCACCCCUCACAGACAUGCUCCACUUGUGCUGUGAGGCAGGAGCCACCUGUGGCUGCAGCUGGAGCUGC